GAAGUCCUGGGUGGCCGAGCUCGCGCCAACGCGCAGCAGAACUCCUCUUGGUCGGAUCAGCCCGCGGGGCAGCUGCGAGGGCCACAGCCAUGAACGGAACAGAGGGCCCCAACUUCUACGUGCCCUUUUCCAAUGCCACGGGUGUGGUGCGCAGCCCCUUCGAGCAGCCGCAGUACUACCUGGCCGAGCCGUGGCAGUUCUCCAUGCUGGCCGCCUACAUGUUCCUGCUGAUCGUGCUGGGUUUCCCCAUCAACUUCCUCACGCUCUACGUCACCGUGCAGCACAAGAAGCUGCGCACGCCGCUCAACUACAUCCUGCUCAACCUGGCCGUGGCUGACCUCUUCAUGGUCUUCGGGGGGUUCACCACCACGCUCUACACCUCCCUGCAUGGCUACUUUGUCUUCGGGCCCACAGGAUGCAACCUGGAGGGCUUCUUUGCCACCCUGGGCGGUGAAAUCGCCCUGUGGUCCCUGGUGGUCCUGGCCAUCGAGCGGUACGUAGUGGUGUGCAAACCCAUGAGUAACUUCCGCUUCGGUGAGAACCAUGCCAUCAUGGGUGUGGCCUUCACCUGGGUCAUGGCGCUGGCCUGUGCCGCACCCCCACUCGUCGGCUGGUCCAGAUACAUCCCCGAGGGCAUGCAGUGCUCGUGUGGGAUUGACUACUACACGCUCAAGCCAGAGGUCAACAAUGAGUCCUUUGUCAUCUACAUGUUCGUGGUCCACUUCACCAUCCCCCUGAUGGUCAUCUUCUUCUGCUAUGGGCAGCUGGUCUUCACAGUCAAGGAGGCAGCUGCCCAGCAGCAGGAGUCGGCCACCACCCAGAAGGCAGAGAAAGAAGUGACCCGUAUGGUCAUCAUCAUGGUGAUUGCUUUCCUGAUCUGCUGGCUGCCCUAUGCUAGUGUGGCCAUGUAUAUCUUCACCCACCAGGGCUCCAACUUCGGCCCCAUCUUCAUGACCCUCCCGGCAUUCUUUGCCAAGAGCGCCUCCAUCUACAACCCCGUCAUCUACAUCAUGAUGAACAAGCAGUUCCGGACCUGCAUGGUCACCACCCUGUGCUGCGGCAAGAACCUACUGGGUGACGAUGAGGCCUCCGCCACCGCCUCCAAGACUGAGACCAGCCAGGUGGCCCCGGCCUAAGUCCUGCCAAGGACUCUGUGGCCAACUGUAGGAGUCUCCCAUCCCCACAUCCACCCCAGCAUAGCCCCCACCAGGAGUGGCGCCUGUUGGUUCGAGGUCACACAGGCUCCCUGAGUGCAUUCGUGUUUAAAGAACUAAUGAGAAAAAUGAGGCCCCCCCAAUUCAUCGGGGACGGCCUGAGAAGGGAUGUCCACCAAGACCCCAGAUCUGGAGCCCCCCAGUUCCCAGGGGCCGGUAGGACCUGUUCCCCUCUCCCCCAACUUGUCUCUCAGGAAUGUGAGAACUCUUGCUCUCUGGAAAAGUGUCCCAGCUUAGGGCUAAGUGUCUAGCACAGAACGGGACACACAGUAGGUGCUUAAUAAAUGCUAGAUGGAUGAAGGAAGGAAUGGAUGAAGGAAUG